GUCGGAGACAAUGGGGUUGAACAGCUCUGUCCUGCGCCCCAAAGGAACUCUCAUCAGCAACACAGAAGCUCCUGAAGAACAAGGAAAGGAGGCCCUGCCUUUGCCGGCAAAGUCUAUUGUUAACCAGGAUGGCACAAGAAGCGAUGCGAGCGCGACUAGUUCUGCCCCUCCCUCGGUGGUGAUCCCAUGGGUCUUUCGAGAGGUGGCUGAGUCGCUGAGCGAGACGGACUACUUGAGACAGAGCGUCAUGCUAGAGAAGCAUGCCGCCCGGUUGAGACUCUGCUGGGCGGAAUAUGGUGCAGACUUUCCAAAGACUUUUGCUGCGGAGCUGCUCCGGUUGCCGGAUACGGACUUGUGGGAAACUCCGGCGCCAACUCGCGGUUGGGAGAAAAACAAGAAGAGCCAGCUCCUCAAUUUUCUUCUCAAAAACUUUGCUGGCGAGAAAGGGGACGCCGCAAAGCUAAGGGUAAGGCGAGGGUCAGAGGAGCUGUGGCGUCCAUUGAUGAGCGAGAUCGAACGGUUAUCGGUGACCCGGGGCCCGGAUUGGACGUCCCCGGAAGCGGCGCGGUUCCGCGCGAAGAAUGUGAAAGAGAAGGUUGCGAAAGUGGAGAAAGAGGCGGCUAAGGCCGUGCUGGAAGCGAAGAAACGGCCCAUCAAGGCGUCCCUCAAGCCGGCGCCGUAA